UCCGCCUUGUGUAAUGCAAGUUGGACCGAGUCGGUUCUUCCUGGUGUUGGGCCGCGCAUCCUCGACCGUUCAACGCAACGCCCUAGUCUCUCACUUCUCAGAACCAGUCAGAUCGCUGCCAAGUUUGAACUGUAGGAGACUCAACUCAACACUAGCAGAUUUAGAACAUAGAAAGGCUACAGUGAUGGAUGCCUCGCUGAGAUCAACACAACUGCGACAGAUGUUCAUCGAUUUCUUUGUGGAAAAGAAACAGCACGUCCACUGGCCCAGUUCCUCCACCAUACCCCAUGAUGACCCCACACUACUGUUUGCUAAUGCUGGCAUGAACCAGUUCAAACCAAUCUUCCAGGGAACGGUAGAUCCGGCCAGCGACAUGGGAAAACUCACUCGAGCCGUCAACUCGCAGAAGUGCAUAAGAGCCGGAGGGAAGCAUAACGAUCUGGAUGACGUGGGGAAGGACACAUAUCACCACACCUUUUUCGAGAUGUUGGGCAACUGGUCUUUCGGAGACUUUUUUAAGAAAGAAGCCAUCCACUGGGCAUGGGAAUUGCUAGUCGACGUCUACAAGUUGCCGAAGGAGAGAAUGUAUGUGACUUAUUUUGGUGGAUGCGCCGAGUUUAAUCUUCCGUCUGACGAGGAGACCAAACAGAUAUGGCUGGACCUCGGCAUUGCCAGUAAUCGGGUGCUCCCGUUCGGGAUGAAGGACAAUUUCUGGGAGAUGGGAGAGUUUGGUCCGUGUGGUCCGUGUACGGAGAUCCACUUCGACCGAAUCGGGGACCGCGAGGUGCCAGAACUGGUCAACAUGGAUGACCCUGACCUUCUCGAGAUUUGGAAUCUCGUUUUUACUCAGUUCAAUAAAGAGACGAGCGGGGAGCUGAAGGUUCUGCCGAAGCAGCAUGUGGACACGGGAAUGGGACUGGAGAGAAUCGCGUCUGUGAUCCAGGACAAGAUGAGCAACUACGACACUGACCUCUUCUCCCCUUUCUUUGACACCAUACACCAGGUGACGGGGACGAGGGUCUACACUGGUAGAGUUGGUGCUGAGGACGCCGACGGGAUCGACAUGGCAUAUCGAGUGGUGGCCGACCACAUCCGAACUCUCACUGUCGCCAUUUCUGACGGAGGGAAGCCUGACGCCACCGGACGAGGCUAUGUCCUGCGGAGGAUCCUAAGACGAGGCAUCAGAUACUGCACCGAGGUCUUGAACGGGAAACCAGGGAUGUUUGCUAGUCUCGUACCGGUCGUCGUGGAGAGCCUGGGCGAAGCUUUUCCAGAGAUUACCAAAGAUCCGCAGUCUGUAAUGGAUGUGAUAGAUGAAGAGGAACGCCAGUUCUUGAAGACGCUUUCUCGCGGAAAGAGACUUUUUGAGAGAACCGUAGCCAGACUGGACGGCUCCGUUAUCCCCGGCGAUGUGGCAUGGCGUCUCUACGACACGUAUGGCUUCCCGGUCGACCUAACUAGUCUCAUGGCAGAGGAGAGGAGACUGACUGUUGACUGCGAGGGAUACGAGGCUGCAAAGAUACGUGCACAGGUGAUUGCUCGCUCGGCAGCGGGAGGAGUCGAUGAGUCGAUUAACCUCGACGUUGUUGCUCUGGAAGAGCUCAAGAAGAAGGCCAACACCCACCACUAACGACCUACCCAAGUAUAACUACCAAGCCGAUGCAGAGGGGAACUAUUCAUUUGAGUCUUGUGAAGGUACAGUCAUCGCCCUCCGCUACAACAAUGAGUUUGUCUCCGAGAUAACGAGCGGUCAGCAGGCAGGUGUCCUCCUCGACCAAACCUGUUUCUAUGCAGAGGCCGGGGGGCAGAUAUACGACGUUGGAUUUCUGGCUAAAACUGAUGAUGAAAGCACGGAGUUUGCGGUGAAGAACGUACAGGUUAAGGCAGGCUAUGUGCUACACGUGGGUUCCGUGGAAGGCUGUCUGAGACUCGGGGACAGAGCACUGUGCACCAUUGAUGGGGUAAAUUACACCUCCAACAUUCUUCUGUCGUCCCUUACUUUCCUUCUGACUUUACAAACUCUUCAUGUACGUAGCUUACU